UCGCAAAGCUUUUGCUGAAAUCUCCAUGCCCUGCAGUGUACAAGAUGUGAAAUCUGCCAGGAAGCGCCUCCCCAUCGCGCCCGCGGCACACCCCAUGCUCUCCGCAGCUGCCUCGCCGCCGCCUACUCCCCCCUUGGCAGCACCCCUUCCGCCGUCGCCCUGCUAACCCACGCGGCAAGCGCCGCAGCAGCCAGCCGCUUCUCUCACACAGCAUCCUCCUCCCGUGACCUCCCGGCCGCGCUUAGGCUGUUCGAUGGAAUGCCUCACAGGGGCACCGUUGCCUACAAUACAGUUCGAUGAUCUCUGCCUACGCUGGAAGUGGACGUGCCGACCAGGCAUUCCGGCUUGUGCACCGGAUGAGUGAGGAUACAAAAGAUGAUAGCCAUAGCAAUGCAGCGUUGGAGUGUAUCCGGUUGAUUAGAAGCCAUGGCUUUUUGGUCGACAAAUGCAGUGUGCCAACUCAACGGUGCUUCCCAUGUGCACAGAUGUCAAGGAUUUGGCUAAGGGUUACCAGCUCUUGGCCCUCCGAAUCAAAACAGGACUCUGUCAAAUUCUGUCGUUUACAGUGCUCUUAUCGGCAUGUUGUCCAUGUCUCACAGACUACCUGAUGCCGUUAGGUUUUUCGAGGGAUUAACCAACAAGGUCGGACUCAGAAACAUGUAAUGUGAUGAUAUUGUGUAUGCCAGGAGUGGUUUAAUGGAGCAAGCUCUGGGCCUCUUUGUGAUGGCUCUGCGAAAUGUUGUUCUUCCAACGGAGUUCACCUUUGCAAGGGUGCUGAGAUGGAGCUUGUGUAUUGCUCUGAUGGAGCAGGGCACCCAAAUCCAAGUGCUGGUAUAUAAACGUGGCUUGAGGAUGAUAUAAUUGUUGCCACUGCUCUCAUUGACAUGUAUUGUAAGUUAGGUUCCUUGAAGCAUGUCAGGAAACUCUUCAAUGGUGUCCGUGUCAAGGAUUUACUGCUAUGGAAUACAAUGGUUGUUGGUAUAUUGCAGAAUGGGAAAGGCAGGGAAGCUAUUCCAGUUACCGAGGCUGAGGCAUCCUACUAAGUAGGAGCAUUGUGCAAAGUCGAAAUUCAAAAGGUGAACUUGUUCCUUUUGCUGGCUUUAUGAGUGCCUUUUAUUGGAAGUGUAUAAACUUGAAUCUUUCUGUAAAACAAACAUACUUGCAGGGAUUAUUAACGCAAGAAGAACAAGCGUGAAUGCGAUGAGCAAAACUUCUUCGUGGAAGCGGACUUAUGGCUAUGAUCGUGUUAAUGACGAUAGAGACAAUCCAAUCAUUGAAGCCAGAAUCACAGGUGAGCCUGGUGUUGAUCCUUUUGCUCAAUAGAGGGAGGAGAAGAAGAACAGGUUGAUUAUCAAGAAAAGAACAUACUUUAGAAUUUAAAGAACGCUGCAAAAGUUAGUGCUCUGCCAAGUGCCGGAAAGACCAUUGAUUUUCGGGCAAGCAAGAUCAAGCAGUGCACAUGGUACCGAUGGGUGUUGUCACUCCUGCUGGUUCACAGCCAACACGACCAUUCCCUGGCAAUCCAGCUCAGCUCAGUGCUCAGGAGCAGCUUAUGUACGAGCAGUCGCAGGAGUAUCAGCUGCAGCUCCAGCAGCAGCGCCAGAGGCAGCUCCAGCAGUUCUGGGCCGAGCAACGGUCAGAGAUGGAGCAGGCGACUGACAUCAAGAACCACCCCCUGCCACUCACUAGGAUAAGGAAGAUCAUGAAGGCCGACGAGGAUGUCCGCAUGAUCUCGGCAGAGGCUCCGGCGCUCUUCGCGAAAGCAUGCGAGAUGUUCACACUGGAGAUGACGAUGAGGUCAUGGAUGGUUACAAAGGAGGACAAGCGCCGGAUCCUGCAGAGGAGUGACAUCGCCGCUGCUGUGGCUAGGACUGACAUUUACGACUUCUUGCUGGAUUUAUUUGCCAGUGAAGAGACGAAGCAAGGGUUCUUGCUUCCUAUGGCCGGGCAGGGGCAGCAGCCCAUGGGGGCUCAAGCUGGUGCAUACCCGUACUACUAUGCGCCGGAGCAGCAGGUGGCAGGUGCGUCGAUGGUGUAUGGUGGCCCGUCGACCUAUGUGUGGCAAGAGCCUCAGGUACAAGAGCAGGGCCAUCCGUCCGGCACCUACAUGUGGCAAGAGCCUCCACAACAGCAAGAGGGGCCCUGAAGCUGUCGCCAGAUUCAGAGUCCUCGUUUCAGCCUGGACAUUUAAAAAAAAAACUUUGGAUCUCGCGUUAGCUUUCAUAAUAUGAUCGUUAUUCGUCGGUUGAAACAGGAGGUUUCUGAUCAGCAGAAGCUUAGGAGGUCCUCCUGGAAGGUUGGUUGCUGUUGUCGUGGUGUCGUUUCAGAAGUACUAUGAGUUUAUGAUUUGAGACUAAUUGGUCGAAUUUUACCAUUCCAAACCCAAAAGAUUGCCUCC